AUGACGGUGACCUACUCCCGGCGGGUGGCUGACGCUCGCCUGGGGACCUUCUCGCACCUGUUGCUGCGGUGGAGAGGCAGCAUCUACAAGCUGCUCUACAGAGAGCUGAUCAUCUUCACCAUCUUCUACUGCGCCAUCAGCAUCCUCUACAGGUUCAUUCUGAGUGAUGAGCAGCGGAGGCUUUUUGAGAAACUGGCUAUCUACUGUGACAAGUAUGCCAGCCUCAUCCCCCUGUCCUUUGUACUAGGUUUCUACGUGACGCUGGUGGUGUCUCGGUGGUGGGGCCAGUUCGAGAGCGUCCCGUGGCCCGACCGUCUGGGCGCGCUGGUGGGAGGUCACGUGAGGGGCGCCGACGAAUCGGCUCGCCUCAUCCGGCGCACGCUGAUGCGCUACGCCAACCUAUCAGGGGUGCUCAUCUACCGUUCCGUCAGCACGGCCGUCUACAAGAGGUUCCCCACCAUGGAUCACCUGGUGCAGGCUGGCCUAAUGACGGCAGAGGAGCUCCGCCAGCUGCAGAUGCUCCCCUCCCCCCAUAACAAGUUCUGGGUGCCCUGCAUGUGGUUCGUCAGCCUCACCAUGAGGGCCCGUGCAGAGGGACGCAUCAACAACGACGUGGCCCUCACCGCGCUCCUCAACGAGCUGAACACGCUGCGCUCUCAGUGUAUGAAGCUGUACGGAUAUGACUGGAUAAGCCUUCCGCUGGUCUACACCCAGGUGGUGACGGUGGCGGUGUACAGCUACUUUGUGGCCUGUCUGAUCGGUCGGCAGUUCCUGGACCCCAGUCAGGACUACCCAGGACACGACCUGGACUUCUACCUGCCUGUCUUCACCCUACUGCAGUUCUUCUUCUAUGUGGGGUGGCUAAAGGUGGCAGAACAGCUGAUAAACCCAUUUGGAGAGGAUGAUGAUGAUUUCGAAACAAACUGGCUUGUAGACAGAAAUCUACAGGUGUCCCUGCUGUCAGUGGAUGAGAUGUAUGACAGCGUGCCUCAGGUGGAGAGGGACAAGUACUGGAACGAGUCGGAGCCGCAGCCGCCCUACACUGCCGCCAGCGCUGAGCACAAGAAGCCCUCCUUCAUGGGGUCCGCGCUGGACAUCAGGUGGGUGUGCCCUGCCCAGGCUCCGCCCUCGCAGUGA